AUGGAUACAUAGUAAGAUGAGGAUUAAUAAAUAAACGAAAGUAUGCAAAGCGAUAAUAUAGAAGUAAUUGAGUAUCCAUUUUAAGUAGUCCUGAUUGGAGAUCCAGGAGUUGGAAAGACUAGCUUUUUAAUUCGUUUUUCUGAAGACUAAUUCUUAAAAAAUGUGAACACAUCAGUGGGUAUUGAUUUUAGAUUCAGAAGUCUAAUCCUAUAAAAUAAAUAGAUAAAACUUAAAAUAUGGGAUACAGCUGGAUAAGAAAACUUUAGGUCAAUAUCCAAAAAAUACUUCUAAAAAGCAGAUGCAGUAGUAAUCAUGUUCGAUAUAACUAAUAACGAAAGCUUUAACAAUUUAGGAUAUUGGUCAAAAGAAUUAAACGAAAAUUGUAAAGACAUAAAUAUUCCAAAAAUAUUAGUAGGACAUAAAUCAGAUUUGAAUUCAAAAAGAACAGUUUUAGAAGAAGAAAUAGAUGACUUUGUUAGCAGCUAAAAUAUGGAAUAUAUUGAAGCAAGUGCAAAAGAAAAUACUAAUGUUAUAAUGACAUUUGCUAAAAUAGGAUAAAAAUUAAUAGACAUAUAUGAAGACGGCGAAUUAAAUUUCUAAAAAAAUAACAGAGAAAUGCUUAUAACAUAAGAAAAAAAGAAAAUACAGUCAGAGGCUCAUUGUAAAUGUUGCUUAAAUGAAUGA